CCCCGCCCUGCCCCGGUGCCGCCAUGACGCUCCUCGCCGCCGGCAGCCGGGCGGCCGCGCGCCUCCGCGGCCCCAAGAACGCACCGUGCGUCCUCUUUGCCGCCCGUCACGCCAGCGCCGCCACGAACCUAAAGGAUGUCCUGGCCAACAUGAUCCCCAAGGAGCAGGCGAAGAUCAAGAGCUUCAGGCAGCAGCACGGCAGCACGGCCGUCGGCCAGAUCACGGUGGACAUGGUGUACGGCGGGAUGAGGGGCAUGAGGGGGCUGAUCUAUGAGACCUCGGUUCUGGAUCCCGAUGAGGGCAUCCGCUUCCGCGGGUACAGCAUCCCCGAGUGCCAGAAGCUGCUGCCCAAAGCUGCGGGGGGCGAGGAGCCGCUGCCCGAGGGGCUCUUCUGGCUGCUGGUGACAGGGGACAUCCCCACCCAGGAGCAGGUGACUUGGCUGUCGCAGGAGUGGGCCCGUCGCGCGGCGCUGCCGUCCCACGUUGUGACCAUGUUGGACAACUUCCCCACCAACCUGCACCCCAUGUCCCAGCUGAGCGCCGCCAUCACCGCGCUCAACAGCGAGAGCAAGUUCGCCCGCGCCUACGCCGAGGGCAUGCACCGCGCCAAGUACUGGGAGUUUGUCUAUGAGGACGCCAUGGACCUCAUCGCCAAACUGCCCUGCGUGGCCGCGAAGAUCUACCGCAACCUGUACCGCGAGGGCAGCAGCAUCGGCGCCAUCGACCCCAACCUCGACUGGUCCCACAACUUCACCAACAUGCUGGGCUACACCGAGCCCCAGUUCGUCGAGCUCAUGCGGCUCUACCUCACCAUCCACAGCGACCACGAGGGGGGAAACGUGAGCGCCCACACCAGCCACUUGGUCGGCAGCGCCUUGUCUGACCCAUACCUCGCCUUCGCUGCCGCUAUGAACGGGCUGGCCGGGCCCCUGCACGGCCUCGCCAACCAGGAGGUGCUGCUCUGGCUGACGGACCUGCAGAAGGAGCUGGGCAAGGAGGUGUCAGAUGAGAAGCUGAGAGAGUUCAUCUGGAACACGCUCAACUCGGGCAGGGUGGUGCCGGGCUACGGGCACGCGGUGCUGCGCAAGACGGACCCGCGCUACACGUGCCAGCGGGAGUUCGCCCUCAAGCACCUCCCCAAGGACCCCUUGUUCAAGCUGGUGGCUCAGCUCUACAAGAUCGUCCCCAACGUGCUGCUGGAGCAGGGCAAGGCCAAGAACCCUUGGCCCAACGUGGAUGCCCACAGCGGGGUCCUGCUGCAGUACUAUGGGAUGAAGGAGAUGAAGUACUAUACGGUGCUCUUCGGGGUCUCCCGGGCUCUGGGCGUCCUCUCGCAGCUCAUCUGGAGCCGGGCGUUGGGCUUCCCCUUGGAGAGACCCAAGUCCAUGAGCACCAAGGGCCUCAUGCAGCUCGUGGGCUACAAAUCCGGGUAGAGAAGGGACGGGGCCGCGGCUCCACAGGGAACGAUGCGCUGCCGGGACGGGCCCCGGACGGACUCAGCACUGAACCCCCCCACCGGGCACCGGCCGUGGGUCCCCCCCCGCUCCUGUCCCCUCUGGAUGGGGGGGGCAGAGGCAGCGCCCCCCCAGCAGCACCGCACACACUGGGACCCCCCCACCCCGGCUCCCGCUGCUGUGCUGGGGGGGGGGGGGUGGUGACACCAGCAUUGGGGUGUCCCCCCCUCAUUGAGAGGGUUCAGUCCAGACUCUGUCCCGGCCCCCCCCCGGGGGCAGCAGAACGAAUGUCUCAGCCCCCCCCCCCAUGCAGGGACUUGAUACACUCCUCCCCGGCUGCACCCUGUGUUUGUGUGACCCCCCUGCCUUGAACACUGUGUCCGAUGUGUCCCCCCCCGGCAGCCGGAGCUGGGCCCCCCCCUCAUCCCCACGCCUGGCCCCUCGCAGGGAUCGGCCACUUCUGUACAAACAACGAGAAAAUGCAAAAUAAAUGUUUUUAUUAACAAAA